AUGGUGAGCACCAAUAUACAACAGAAGAAAGUCAUUAUUAUUGGGGCAGGGAUCUCAGGCUUGAAGGCUGCCAGUGACUUGUACCGAAAUGGUGUUAAAGAUAUCUUGAUUUUAGAAGCAAGAAAUAGAAUUGGUGGGAGGUUGCUCACACUCCGUACUCCAGAAGGAAAUACCUAUGAUUUGGGAGCCAGUUGGUUCCACGACACAUUAUCUAAUCCAUUGUUCCAGAAAUACGUCUUAAACCAGGACCAUACAAAGAUUCAUUAUGAUGAUAUAAAUACAGAAGUUUAUGGUUAUACAGAGAAUUAUGAAAAUGAUAACGAUAGCCCAGAUAAGGGAUUCAAAGUUCCGCAUUCUUGGGGAUUAGAACUGGUGGUAGGUGAGAUGGAGAAAUUUAUUGAACUGUCGAUGGAGUUUAAUGAUUUAAAUGUUGAAGACACAAUAUUGUUCAAUACAGUCAUUGAAUAUAUUUAUUCAAGAAGAAAAGUCCUCACAAGUGACCAAAUUAAAUAUGCCCCUGAACUUCUUCGUAUUUUGGAACUAUGGCAUGGCAUAGAUUGGAAAAUGAUGAGUAGUAAAUAUUCCCUAUGCGAGAAUGAGGGUCGUAAUGCUUCAAACAUGGAUGGUUAUUCUAAAAUUUUGGAAGAUAUUUUGAACUCAAUUCCAGACUCUGAAAAUAUCAUUAAGACUGGUAUUCAAGUUAAAGAAAUUGCCAAAAUUGACAACUACAGCAAGGUAAAGAUCACUACAGUGAAUGGGGAGUCAAUAGUUGCUGACUAUGUGAUUGUAACAGUUCCUCAAUCAAUUCUUGCAUUGCCAGACACUGACGCUGGCAGCAUAGACUUUGUCCCGAAGUUGCCUCAAUACAUCUCUGAGCCUCUAAAAAAAAUGCAUUUCAAUGCUUUAGGUAAAGUGGUUUUUGAGUUCAAGAGUACAAAAGAUAUAUUUUGGAACACAGAUAUUGAUAAGUUUACGGUAUUGGCAAAACCAGAUAAACUUUUCUCCAAGUUCGCCCAGGAUCUUGAUAAUUGUAGAAAACAAAAUCAAGGCGAGAUAUAUAAACCAGAUGAUGAAACGAGCACCAUUCCAAUCGACCUUCAUAGCAAAUAUUACAACUUCAAAGAAAAUCCGCAAAAUAUCCCGAAAUAUUAUGAACAUCCAAUCGUUUUUUUGAGCUACUAUAAUUCCAAAAAGCUCCCAAGUUUGGUGGCUUUGGUUCAAUCACCAGUGACCAAUUAUAUUGAAAGUGUGUCAUUAGAGGAAGCUUGGGAGUUCCUUAAGCCGGCACUCUUCGUUCUUGCAAAUAAUCAAAAUGACAAGCGCCAUAGUUCCAAGUUUAAAACCCUUGCAGACUUGCCAAUUCCAAAAAAUAUUUUCAAAUCUAAUUGGACUCGUGAUCCAUUUUCCAGAGGUUCUUAUGCUGGCUGUGCCCCAGGUGAUGAUCCAACAGAUUUGAUCAUUGGUUUGAGCAAAGGAUUUGGUACCAAUAUUCGUUUCGCUGGGGAGCAUACCAUUUUUGAAGGUGCUGGAUGUGCUCAUGGUGCUUGGCUUAGUGGAAAACGAGAAGCAAAUUAUGUCUUGAAUGAGCUUGGUGUUUUAAAAGAAGAAAGUAUGUAUAUUGACGAAGACUAA